AUGGACAACUCGUAUAGCUAUGAAAAUAAGGCGGUGAGCAUAUCUUUGCACUUGCUAGACGCCAAGGGAGAUUACGUGAGAAACCCGUCAGAACUUAAGAGUAGCGAACAAGUGAAAGUAGCCGUUGAUGUGUUCGAAGCCUCUACAAGUCGUUUGAUGAAUCACAUCGAUGCAGCGGACAGGCUACUUGUUCAAAUACGAGUCAUUAGCAAUAUUGAUCGCUCAAUUGCCGAGCAGAACUUUGAGAGAGUGAAUUGGUAUGGAACUGUAAACACCCUAGUCAUUCUUAUCGCAGCGAUGGCGCAGGUUUUGCUCGUUCGAAGUUUACUCACCGAAGACUCUAAAGUUGGCAAAUUACUACGCCGUGGAAAAACGUGA